AUCAAUUGUUCAACCUCUUCUCCCAUAGGCAUUUAGCUUAGACAGGUUCCAAACCCAAGGAGAGGAUGAAAAUGCUUUCUUCUUCCUCUUCCACUAUUCCACUAUUUGUUUCCGUUUUUAUUAUUUUAUGCAGCACAGAAGCCCUGAUAAAGCUACCAGAUAAUGAAACAGUUCCAGCUUUGCUUGUUUUCGGAGAUUCGAUAGUGGACCCUGGCAAUAACAACGAUCUUGUUACCUUUGCUAAGGGCAAUUUUCCGCCCUAUGGGAGGGACUUCAUUGGCGGAAUUCCAACGGGAAGAUUUAGCAAUGGCAAAAUUCCUGCCGACUUCAUUGCCGAAGAAUUGGGAAUCAAAGAGAUAGUGCCGGCAUACUUAGACCCAACUCUUCAACCUAGUGAUAUCCUCACUGGAGUAAGCUUCGCUUCCGGCGCUUCAGGAUAUGACCCUCUAACAUCUAAGAUUCCGGCAGUUUAUUCACUGUCGGAUCAAUUAGAAAUGUUCAAGGAGUACACAGGAAAGCUGAAAGCCAUGGUUGGAGAAGAGAGAACAAACACCAUUCUAAGCAAAAGCUUGUUUUUAGUGGUACAAAGCAGUAAUGACAUUGCCUCUACAUAUUUCACCGUUCGGAGAGUGCAGUAUGAUUUUUCUUCUUACGCAGAUCUUCUGGUAACCUGGGCUUCUUCUUUCUUUAAGGAAUUGUAUGGAUUGGGGGCACGAAGAAUAGCUGUUUUCGGUGCACCUCCGUUAGGGUGCCUGCCAUCACAGAAAAGCAUAGCAGGAGGGAUAGAAAGAGAGUGUGUAGAGAAUUACAAUGAAGCAUGCAAGUUAUUCAACACUAAGCUCUCAUCUGGAUUGGAUUCUCUCAACACCAACUUUCCCCUUGCAAAGUUUGUGUAUAUUGAUAUUUAUAACCCCUUGCUUGAUAUCAUCCAAAACCCUCAAAAAUCAGGAUUUGAAGUAGCGAAUAAAGGAUGCUGUGGCACGGGGUUAAUAGAGGUUGCAUUGCUAUGUAACCGAUUGAAUCCGUUUACUUGUAAUGAUGUGACCAAGUAUGUAUUUUGGGACAGUUAUCAUCCUACAGAACGAGUGUACAAGAUUCUAAUAGGUAGGAUCAUCCAGGAAUACGUGGGCAUAUAUGGCUUAGACAGGCUUCCGAACAGAGGGUUGAAAAUGCUUUCAUAUUCUUCUUCCGUCAUUCCAUUCUUUGUUUCCGUUUUUAUCAGUUUAUGCAGCACAGGAGCCCUGGUAAAGCUACCGGAGAAUGGAACAAUUCCGGCUGUGAUAGUUUUCGGGGAUUCGAUCGUGGACGCAGGCAAUAACAACAAUCUUGUUACUGUGGCUAAGUCCAAUUAUCCACCCUAUGGGAGGGACUUCAGUGGAGGAAUACCAACUGGAAGAUUUAGCAAUGGCAAAAUUCCCUCCGACAUCAUUGCUGAACUAUUGGGAAUCAAAAAGCUGUUGCCGGCAUAUUUAGACCCAACUCUUCAACCUAGUGAUCUCCUCACUGGAGUAAGCUUCGCUUCAGGCGCUUCGGGAUAUGACCCUCUAACAUCUAAGAUUCCGUCAGUUUUUUCACUGUCGGAUCAAUUAGAAAUGUUCAAGGAGUACAUAGGAAAGCUGAAAGCCAUGGUUGGAGAAGAAAGAACAAACACCAUUCUAAGCAAAAGCUUGUUUUUAGUGGUACACAGUAGUAAUGACAUUACCUCUACAUAUUUCACCGUUCGGAAAGAGCAGUAUGAUUUUGCUUCUUACGCAGAUAUUCUGGUAACCUUGGCGUCUUCUUUCUUAAAGGAACUGUAUGGAUUGGGGGCACGAAGAAUAGCUGUUUUCGGUGCACCUCCGUUAGGGUGCCUGCCAUCACAGAGAAGCUUAGCAGGAGGGAUACAAAGAGAGUGUGCUGAGAAUCUCAACGAAGCAGCCAAGUUAUUCAACACUCAGCUCUCGUCUGAAUUGGAUUCUCUCAACACCAACUUUCCCCUUGCAAAGUUUGUGUAUGUUGAUAUUUAUAACCCCUUGCUUGAUAUCAUCCAAAACCCUCAAAAAUCAGGAUUUGAAGUAGCGAAUAAAGGAUGCUGUGGCACGGGGACGAUAGAGUCUGUAUUACUAUGCAACCGAUUUAAUCCCUUUACUUGUAAAGAUGUGACAAAGUAUGUAUUUUGGGACAGUUACCAUCCUACAGAAAAAGUGUACAAGAUUCUAAGUGGCGGGUUCAUCCCGAAAUACGUGGGCAGCUUCCUCUGAUAAGACCCGCCUUGAUGGUUCCUCUUUCACCAACAGCCUAUAUGCCAGCCUCCACUGCCUUAAUUAUUUCUAAUGCUGAGAGUUAAUUUUCAUCUAGUUUAUGUAAUAAUCUCAGUUAAAAGAGCUACUAUAGUUGUCAUUUUCAUAAAAAGUCUUGUAUUCAAAACACCUAAAGACCAAAUGGAAGGUGUUGUAAUGGAAAGGUUACUCAAUUAAUCCCACAAGAAUUAUAUUUUCAAGGAUUUCAA